GCGCACUGCUCUGCUCGUUGAGUGUUUACGGUAGCUCGCGCCUCUAGCCCUGAGUGAAACUCGUAGUUUAUUCUCUCAUUUCAUCAGCGUGGGAACUGGGAAGACAGCUCUUUCCUUCUUUCGGAGUCGUUCCCGUACGUCACGUCAAGAUUAUGGGCUUUGAUUUAGACCGUUUUGAGGGUCCCGUGGACCCGGACUUAAUCUGUAAACUGUGUGGGAAAGUUUUAGAGGAUCCUCUCAGCACUCCGUGCGGACAUGUCUUCUGCGCCGCGUGCGCUCUACAGUGGCUCUCCAAAGUCAGCAGCUGCCCUGUCCUGUGCCAAAAAAUCACCACUAAAGAGUUGAACCACGUCCUGCCCCUAAAAAACCUAAUUCUCAAGCUGGACGUCAAAUGCGACCACCGUGAACGAGGCUGCAACCGGGUGAUGAAGCUCCAGCAUCUUUCAGAGCAUGCGGAGAUGUGCGACUUCUCUCCGGUCAGAUGCAGGAAUGAAGGAUGCGACGCGGUGCUCAUCCUGAAGGAUGUGGCUUCACACAUGCGGGAGAGAUGCGAGCACAGGGCGGUGGAGGUCUGUAAGGGUGGAUGUGGACUGGCGCUGAGCCUCAAGGAGAGGUCGGAGGACCACAGCUGUCUCCAAGCACUUAAGACACACAGCUGUCUCCUCCAAACCAAAGCGCUGAGUCUGGAGGAUGAGCUGAAGAGUCAGUCCCUGAGCUUCAGUAAGAGAGAGAGGUCUCUCCUGUCCAAACUCUCCGCACUCCACUGCGAGCUGCACAUCACAGCGCUCACAUUUCAGAAGAAAAUCACCGAGUACAAGAGCAGGAUUGACUCGCUGUCAAACAGAUGCCUGUUGCCUCUUGAUAAGGGAGAAGAUACAAGGAGCCUUAAAGUCACCCUACACAGAACAUCAGGAUCUCUUGGAUUCAGUAUCAUCGGAGGAAGAUUGUGUGAGGAACCAGAGGAGCAUGAAGAUUUCAGUGAUGGGAUCUAUAUAUCUAAGAUAGUGGAAAACGGAGCAGCUGAGAAGGCCGGACUGCAUGUUCAUGACAGGAUCAUUGAGGUUUGUCAUUGAUGUGGAUGAGUUGAU